CACACACUUCACAAAAAGCAAGCGAAUGAAGCACCACCACACAGCAUCACUAGAGAUGGAAAUUACUCGAGUAGUAAAAACCCCCCAAAAGAACGGUGUAACUUUAAAUGUGUGGUGAUAAAGCACAAGAAUUAUCAGCCAUAGCAGAUUACAUUAAAAUACAAUCCGGUUCGAGAAAGGAGGAGAGGAGGUAGAGGUGUAGCAUCAGCAAAUCAAAGGCAGAAGCAGCAUCAGCAGUGCAGGUAGUGGUUUGUGCAGGCAUAAGCAUUCAUCUGGAUUCGAAAAAACGCGAUGAACUUAGUAAUAACGAUGGAGGUUCCCUCCGAAGGUCCAGGAACUUACUGCCGUCUGUGUCUAAGCAGGUGUGGUCUCAGGCAAAUAUUUUCUAUGCAAGCUCCAGAUAAAAAUGAAUGGAUUAGCAACAAUUCGUCCGAGCUGGUUGAGAAAAUUUACGAAUGCACCAACAUACAGCUCAACUCCACGGCAGAUGCGGGAUGUGCCAUUUGCGGCCGUUGUUUGCUGGCGGUGCAGGAUUUUUACCACUUUCGUGUGCGCAGCAACAAGGUGAAUGAGCUUAUUCAAAAGAUGACAAUCGCUACCGAUAAGGUCGAAAGUGUACCCGUUACACUGACAGAAGUAGCGAUCGGCAACCAGUAUCAAUGCGCAAACUGUUUGGCAAAGUUUCAUCAUGCUCGAUCGCUAAGACAGCACCACAAGCUGUUUUGCAUUGGUAGACGAGAAACUAGCAAUGGCACUUUAAUUAUCGAGCACAUCGAUCAAGAACAGAUAGAAAGCGAAAGUGUGGACUACAUAACGCCCGACGAUCCCCCAAUUCCGGCCCCAGUCGCCCCGCCGGUGCAGCCAGCCAAGCAAUCCAUGGAACCACAGGAAACACCAGUCAUGCGUGAACCUGUCGAAGUCGUAGAUAAGGAUUUAAAAACAUUCCCCAGACCUCCAUACUCCUACUCGUGCCUAAUCGGGUUGGCCCUGAAAAACUCACACUCCGGCUUGUUGCCCGUGCCCGACAUCUACAGCUUUGUUUGCGAACACUUCCCAUACUUCAGGACAGCGCCGAGCGGGUGGAAAAACUCCCUUCGGCACAAUCUGUCACUCAGCAAGUGUUUCAAGAAGAUCGAAAAACCGCUAUCGUCCGGAGCCUAUCGCAAGUGCUUCUUUUGGAUGAUCAAACCGGACAAGCAGGCAAAGCUGGACGAGGCAGUGAAGCAGUGGUUCCGCAGGAAGCCGGACAUCAUUCACCGAGCGAUGGCACAUCCCGAAUAUCUGACGGCGCUCGAGCGGGGCGAGAUGAAGCACGGCUCAGUGCUAUACGAUCAUAUCGACCUGGAGGACGAUCUCGACGAAGAUAUCGGGGAAGAGGACGAUGAUGUGGAGUUCAUCGAGCCCGAGCGUGAAACGCUCGACGACGAUGCGGAAAGGUACAUCAUCGCCACGCUGGAUGCUGGAUUGAAGGAUGAUGAUGAUGAUGAUAAUGAAGAGGAGAUGCCGAGGUGGUCCACCGAGAAUCGGCAAACCAUUCAGCUGCCGAUGAUCGAACCCGGUCAAAUAGUUGCAAAUGAGACUGAAGAAGAAUACCUAGAACUGGAAGAGGAAGGGGAUGACGAUGGUAUGGAGAUCAUCGAGCCCAAGCACGAAACAAUCCAUUUUGAUGCAGAUCGUUCAAUCAUCAAAAUGCCGGAAUUGGUAAUAGAUAAUGAGGAGGAAGAAGGCGGUCAUCAAGUCAAUUUCAAUUUGGAGGUUCCUGAUUAUUACGCAUCCGCGAAGGUUAAUUCCAAACACAGCAUGCUUGCGUUGGCCGAAUUGACCGAAGAGGAUCUUGUUUCGCUCGAAAAUGAAGAUGAAUUCCUUCUUAAGCAGCCCCAAAAGCACCGGCAACAAGCCGAGCAACAAAAUCCAGCAAAACGUGUAAGUAACGAUACGAGCGAGACUGGGGUGAGCUUUCAGCAACAUUUCGAGCAACUGCAGAAGCAGCAAUAUCGGCUACGGAAGCACUCUCGCCAGCUUCGGCAAAGAAGCGUUCGCCGAAAGGUUCCGAUGGGUUCGCGAUUGGCGUGAAUUAUCCCCGAGGAGAUGGAUUAGUAGAAUCGUAUGAAUUCAGUAGUGCACAAUGCAAGUUGUUUUGUUGGUGUAUCGGACGCGCGAUUUCGGACGAUUAGUCCGUAAUUCUUCUACCAUUGGAAUUGGGUAAGUAGUGAAUGGAAAAAUUGCACAUUUUUUGUGAUGGCACAUUGCGAGUUCCAUUUAUUUACAAAAAAAGUAAAAAGAAUGGUAAAUGGUAAAAGCAGGUUAAUGUUAAGAUUUUAGGGAUAAGUUUAGAAUUUAAAAAUAUUGAUUUUACUGAAGUAAUAGUUUUUUUUAAAUGAUGAUUGAAGCUAAUUCUAUGAUGUUAAAAAUUUAAAAUCUAAAAUUUAAUGUUAAUUUUUGGACAAACUUAGUACAUUUGCUUUAUUGUUUCCAUCAAUUAAAUUCUCUGUAAUGUUUCUUAAAAUGUCCGUAAUCAAAUUAAAUUAAAGUAAAUAACCAUCAUGGAAAUUUCAUCAGUUAAUACUGCCAACUUUCCAAUCUAAACAACACGCUUAGAAUCUUCUUUUUCUUAUUAACGACCUACACGGUCAUGUUGACUUCUACUGACUACAUAGACUUAUUGGGAUGGGAAUGGAUCCUGUUCGGCCUUGAAGGGGCCAGAGCUGAUAUCGUAUAGAUCAAUCCAGGACAUUAGACACGAAUAAUAAUAACAAUUAUUAUUAUUAUUAUACCGGCUCUCUAUGACUUAGGCAGCUGUUUAAGUUCUUGGGAGAAUUCACAUUGCCUACCUGGGUGUGUUAUUAUUUUCGUUGUACUGCUCAUUAGUAUUAUUAUACACUCUGCAAUCUGCCGUUAGCAUGAUACAUCAUAUUAAUCUUUAUCUUAUGUGAGGGAAUAGAGAGCCCCUAAAGGGAGUGCUAAUAGUCCUUAAGUCGAUGUUUCAGAAGAAAGAGAAGACAUACCACAAACAUAGAUAGUUUGUAACCAUUUUUAAUCUUCCGCUUACUUUAUCUUAUAAUAAGAUAAAUGUAUUGUUGAAAAUAAGCUUAAGGCACUGAAUGAAUGAGAUGUGUGUGUGUGUGUGUGUGUGUGUGUGUGUGUGAAUAAGAGAGUGACGCUGGUACACCAAUAUCAUAAAUUGUGUGUAUAUGAAUAAUUUUAAGUAUAGCGAUAGGCCCAUGUAAAUUCUUUUUGUUUUAUCAACAAUCAAAUACAUUACAAACGUUCAACAUAUUGCUGUAAGGAUGACGAAUAAAAUCUUUUAAAAAAAUGUAAACUUGUGGCAGUACUCGUAUUUUUUGUAUUAUGUUAGAUAAGUUAGAUAACAAUCUUUAUCUGUUC